UGUGUUGUGCGUAUAAUAAAAUCUGCAUCGUCGUCUUCAACAAUUUGACUUAGCAGUCGUAACAUAAAAAUCCACCCAAAGAAUGGGUAACUGCAGCAGCGGCUAUAUCUCCCAUCCCCCCCCCACCGCCACCACUUCGCCGCCCUCUCAGCCCAACGCCGGAGCGGACCCCACCAUCACUGUCCUCCCAGCUGAUGCGCCGCCUCCUCCCCGCCGCCCCCUCCUCACAGGUACCGGCCGCGUCCUCGGCCGCCCCAUGUCCGAUGUCCACUCCGCCUACAUUUUUGGGCGAGAACUCGGUCGGGGUCAGUUUGGGGUUACCCAUCUCGUGACCCACCGCGCCACGCGCCAGACCUUCGCGUGCAAGUCAAUCGCCACCCGCAAGCUGGUCACGCCCGACGACGUCGCCGACGUCCGCCGCGAGGUGCAGAUUAUGCACCACCUCACGGGCCACCGCAACAUCGUGGAGCUCAAGGAAGUGUUUGAAGAUCGGCAUAAUGUGCAUUUGGUGAUGGAACUGUGUGCCGGCGGCGAGCUCUUUGAUCGGAUUAUUGCAAAGGGGCACUACUCGGAGCGCGCGGCGGCGGGGUUGUGCCGGCAGAUUGUGACGGUGGUGCAUGCGUGUCACUCGAUGGGGGUUAUGCAUAGGGAUUUGAAGCCCGAGAAUUUCUUGUUUUUGAGUACUGAUGAGGAUUCACCACUCAAGGCCACUGAUUUCGGAUUGUCUGUGUUUUUCAAACCGGGAGAAGUAUUCAGAGAUCUUGUUGGUAGCGCAUACUACGUGGCUCCUGAAGUAUUGCGUCGGAAUUAUGGUGCCGAAGCUGAUAUUUGGAGUGCUGGAGUAAUACUGUAUAUCUUACUCAGCGGUGUCCCGCCCUUCUGGGGAGAAAAUGAGCAAGGCAUAUUUGAUGCCGUUUUGCGGGGGCACCUCGAUUUCGUCUCUGAUCCUUGGCCAUCGAUAUCGAGCAGCGCCAAAGAUCUUGUAAAGAAGAUGCUUCAAUCCGACCCUAAGGAUCGGCUCACUGCAGUUGAAGUCUUAAACCAUCCAUGGAUGAGAGAAGAUGGGGAUGCAUCCGAUAAGCCUCUUGACAUUGCUGUCUUAACAAGAAUGAAGCAGUUCCGUGCAAUGAACAAGCUCAAGAAAGUAGCUCUUAAGGUGAUUGCAGAAAAUCUGUCUGAAGAAGAAAUCAUAGGCUUGAAGGAGAUGUUCAAGUCCAUGGAUACAGACAACAGCGGUACCAUUACAUUUGAAGAAUUAAAAGCUGGUCUACCGAAGCUUGGUACCAGGCUGUCUGAAUCAGAAGUGAGACAGUUAAUGGAAGCGGCUGACGUGGAUGGAAACGGAACAAUUGAUUACAUUGAAUUUAUUACAGCCACAAUGCACAUGAACCGUGUCGAAAGAGAAGACCAUCUGUACAAAGCUUUUGAAUAUUUUGACAAGGACAAGAGCGGGUACAUCACAAUGGAAGAACUAGAGCAUGCCUUGAAGGAAUACAACAUGGGCGAUGCUAAAACGAUAAAGGAAAUCCUCGCAGAAGUAGACACCGACCAUGAUGGUAAGAUAAACUACGACGAGUUUGUGGCAAUGAUGAGGAAAGGCAACCCAGAUAUCGGCACCAAUAGACGGCGAAAAUAGAACGGAAAUAAUACCAUCGUGGCAGCGUUCCUCGGACAGAUGGCUGCGCAUGUUUCCUUGUGUCUAUCUAUGGCUGCAGUUUUGGACAGAGAUGGAUUAUGUUCCUGGUUCAGCUACCUCAUACAUCGUACAGUUUUUCGCCUUCUUGUCGAUAUCUUGUCAACUCAAUUGAUUAUGGUUGAGGUUGAAUGCCAUGCAGGCUAUGUUUUUCAUGCUUAUUACCACAUUAACUGCUCUAAAUUACACAUACGGAUUGUUCAACUAUUUUCUUCAAUGAGAAGUUCUGCGCUGCUUUUUGUGAAUACACCCAAAAAAAAGAAAAAAGAUAAAGAGUUUUGAUUUUC